UCAAUGUGUGUAUUUCAAUCAUAGACGAUAUAUUUUUAUCGAUAUAUAGAUGUAAUAUCCCAUCCCUAAAUAUCUGUCACCCAAGAUUGUUUGAUAUUUACGUAUGAUUUUCACAACAGUGAAUUAAUGAAAAGAAAUUGUGUUUUUGUGAAAAAGUUCAUUUAGGAAUAUUAAGAUAUAUACCAAACUAAUAUAACAAAACACGAAGUGUGUAAUAUGCCUCCUAAACUAAAAUUUUCUGAGGGUGAAAGAGUGCUUUGCUUUCAUGGUCCCCUCAUUUAUGAAGCAAAAUGUUUGAAAUCCACAAUUACUAAAGAUAAACAAGUGAAAUACUUCAUACAUUAUGCCGGAUGGAACAAGAAUUGGGAUGAGUGGGUUCCAGAGAGUAGAGUAUUGAAAUAUAAUGAAGCUAAUGUGUCACGUCAGAAAGAAGUUCAGAAAGCACAUGCAGCACAGCCUAACAAGACGAAGAAAACUAAAAAACAAAAAACGGAAUUAUCAAAGGAAGGGGACUCGAGAGCUAGUACACCAAAUAACGAGGUAUCUACUAAAGGAGGAAAAACAAAAUUCAACACAGGUCCCUCGAAUAGUGGACAAGAUUCCAACUCAGAUGCCCCGAAAAAGAAAAGAGGAAGACCAGAUUCUACAGUCGAGUCAGAAGAACAAUUUCUGAGUAAAGUUGAAAUCAAAAUUAAAAUCCCAGAUGAGUUGAAACCUUGGUUAGUCGAUGACUGGGAUGCCAUUACAAGACUGAAGAAACUGGUUCAACUUCCAGCAAAAGUAACUGUAAACCAAAUCCUUGAAAAUUAUCUAACAUUCAAAAAAAGUUCAAAAACUAAUAAUGUCAGUAAAGAGUCUGCUUGUCUUGAAAUUGUUAAAGGUAUUAAAGAGUACUUUAAUGUUAUGUUAGGAACACAACUGUUGUACAAAUUUGAAAGACCACAAUAUGCUGAAAUUUUGCAAAAUCAUCCUAAAAAGCCUGUGUCUGAAAUUUAUGGGGCUGAACAUUUAUUACGACUGUUUGUCAAGUUAGGAGCUAUGUUAGCUUACACGCCAUUAGAUGAAAAAAGUAUCCAAUUACUUCUAGCAAGCAUUCAGGAUUUUUUGAAAUACCUUAUUAAGAAUAGUGCCCAACUUUUUAGUAUGCAACACUUUGUAAAUGCAACGCCAGAAUAUCACAGAAAAGCACUGUAAUAUUGUUCCAUUUUAAUAUACAAGUUAAAUUAUGUGAGUGUCAUCAUAGUGGAUUGAGAGAUAUUACAAUAGUAACUGCAAUUGUUUAAUAUGUAUUUGGAAAAAAAUGCAUAAGUUUGUGAUUUUAUCAUUAUUCAAUUGAUAUUUAUUAUGUAGAAUAAUAAUUGUUUUUCUAAUAGAGCUGAGGUAAAUAAGGAACCUCACAAUGUUAUCACUGAAUAUUUUGGUCCUCGUAUCACUAUGUUGAUAAAAAUAUUUUCAGAAGUUGACAAUUUCAUUGUAUUGUUUUAAUUUUUUUAUUCGAUAAUUGAAGGUAGUUAUUAUGUAUUAUAUCACCAAAAUAAUAGUUAGUUGUAUAAUAAAUCAUAAUAUGAUUGAUAUUUAAA